GCCGGCCUCUCGAAGGCGUGACGAGUUGGACGUGGCGAGAGAGCUUUCGUAUUGUCCUGGCACUGAUGCGAUAGGCUCGUCCGUCCUAUCCCAGCGAAUAUUAUCAUCAUGACAUCUCUCGGUUCCCUGCUCAGAAAGCUGAGACAGGGGCUGGGGUUUGCUUCGCCAGCAAGAUCGCAACAAACCAGUAGAUGAGACAGAGGACAACGCUUUGGAGGCUGAGACUCUUCUGAAGUGGACUGCCUGUCUUCUUCUUUGACCGGUGUAGCCUGUCUGACUGGAAGGAUUUUUGUUACACCGAUUACCCACAACUUGACGAGCCUGUAGAGCACCUCCCCCAGCUUUGUGUAUUAGUUGAUUUAAUAAGAAAGGAGAGCGCGUGGAGUCGGCUGAAACUGUCUGGGGAGACUCCACAAGAAGGCUUCAAGUGGUAGCGAACAGCUGCGAUUCAUCACAGAUAGCACUGUUAAAAGGAAUAAGGAAGAAAAAGAAAAGGGCAAACAUGUUUGACCGAACAGGAGUCCCCUUUGUUUUGCUUGAUAUAAUCUGCGUAGUCCUGGCUGGUUUGCCACUUGCAGUUCUUAACCUGGCCAAAAUAAAACCGUAUCAAAGAGGCUUUUUCUGUAACGAUGACAGCAUCAAGUACCCGUACCACCAAAGUACCAUUACUUCCACUGUUCUUUAUUCAGUGGGCUUUACACUCCCCAUUUGUUCUAUGAUCGUGGGAGAAUGCUUGUCAGUAUACAGUAAACGCUUGAAUUCAAAUUCCUGUUUUAGAAACACCUAUGUGGCCUGCCUAUAUAAGGCCAUUGGGACGUUCCUGUUUGGAGCUGUCAUAAGCCAGUCAUUGACUGAUAUUGCAAAGUACUCUAUUGGACGGCUACGACCUCAUUUCUUAGCUCUUUGCCAACCAGACUGGUCAACCAUCAACUGCAGCUAUGGCUACAUUGAGAAUUUUACAUGCGCAGGAGACAAGACAGCUGUUAAUGAAGCCCGGCUGUCCUUCUACUCCGGACACUCCUCAUUCUCGAUGUACUGCAUGCUGUUUUUAGCACUUUAUAUUCAAGCAAGACUGGUAGAAGAGUGGGCAAGACUGCUGCGUCCCACAAUCCAGUUUUUCUUAAUCGCAGCUUCCGUCUACGUAGGCCUGUCCCGUGUCUCGGACUACAAGCAUCACUGGAGUGAUGUGCUGACCGGCCUCAUCCAGGGGGCGGUGGUGGCCAUAUUGAUUAUGCAGGUGUUGAACGCGGACAGUUCUCGUGGGGCAGCCGCUGGUCGCUACAGGUUCACAGCCUGCCCGUCAGUGGCGAGUGACACUGGAGACGAAAACUUGAGAUUGGAGAAUCAGGAAAGAGAGGAACAAAAAGGUUGUCUUUGUAUCUGACUUUUUUAAAGUAAGGACCACUUCCUUUUCUCCAAAGGAGGAAGAUAUUUCUCACUCAACUUUACGUGAAACCCCAACAAAUGGAAAUCACUAUGGCUCCUCUCACUAGACCACAAAAAUAAAUACAUAAAGAAAUUCAACCAAAAGAACUGAUGUGGACACCCUGUGAAUGUAAUCUUGCUUCUUUCUUUUCUAAGACCUACGUGUGAGCUGAAGAGUCGUGGUGGCUUCACUUCUUUUUAAAAAGAGCCUUGGAGGGACUGCUGCUAUACAACAAUAAGUCCACUGUGUAUAUAAUAUGUAUAUCUCACAAGUAAACACAAAUAUUAAAAGCAAAUGUAUAAGCAGUAACACUUGUUUAAUUUGUAUCAGUCACUAUAUAUGAAAAGAAUGAACAGCAAUUAAGCAUAAUGUGUGUUUUUUUUUUUUUUAUUAAAAAUGUGGUAAAAGCUUAAUAUGUACAAACUGUUGCAUAUAUUGUAUUAUCAUUAACAACUGAUAAAAUAAAACAUUUAAGACACCUACAGUAAA